GAAAAUCAAAAGUUUUGAAAUCCAACCAUGGAGUAAAUUAGUAGUAAAAGAUUAAAGUAAUAAUUAAAGUCUUAAUCCGCAAUCCCCUCCCUCUUUUGUAGUCAUCACCAUCACCAUCACCAUCUUCCCCCACUCCGUCCCACCACUCCUCUUCUCAACCCCAAAGUCCAAACAAAAGCAGAAACCCAAAUAAAGUCUUCUCCAUUUUCUCUCUCCUCCCUGAAAACACCAUUUCAAAUUUGAAACUCACUGCUAAAAGAAACACAAAACGAAGAUCCCCAGUUUCAAUUUUAGGAUUAUCUAAAAAAAAAAAAAAAACCCAAAUUACCAAAAAAAAAUUGAAAGAAAAAUCAUCAAUUUUGGUGGGUAUUUUCUCGUUGUUUUGAUGGUUCAAAAAUGGCAAUAACUGAGCAAGGAUCUGAAGGAGGAGGCAAAGUGUGGGGUCUGUUUAAGCUCCCAUUUCGACAAAAUUCACCCUCGAUUUCUUCUUCAAAUUCUGUAAAUUCUUCUGUUAUGAUGCACAGUGUUCAUUCUCAUCACAGCAACAACAACACCAAUAACAAUGGUGAAGGGUCUAAUUCUCAACCUGCAGCCCCUUCUGUUACUUCUGUUGCUAGAUCUUUACUUCCUACAAGACGCCGUCUUCGCCUUGAUCCACCCAGCAAGCUCUAUUUCCCUUAUGAACCUGGUAAGCAGGUUAGGAGUGCCAUAAAGAUUAAAAAUACAAGCAAAUCUCACGUAGCUUUCAAGUUUCAAACAACUGCACCUAAAAGCUGUUUCAUGCGUCCUCCAGGAGCUAUUCUUGCUCCUGGUGAGAGCCUAAUAGCAACUGUUUUUAAGUUUGUGGAGCAUCCAGAAAACAAUGAAAAACCCUUAUUAGAGCAGAAGAGCAAGGUGAAGUUCAAAAUCAUGAGCUUAAAGGUGAAAGGACCAAUGGACUAUAUUCCUGAAAUGUUUGAUGAGCAGAAGGAUCAAGUAGCCAUAGAACAGAUACUGCGUGUUAUUUUUCUAGACAUGGAUCGUCCCAGCGCUGCUUUUGAAAAAUUAAAGCGUCAAUUAGCAGAGGCAGAAGCAGAGCUUGAAGAACGCAAGAAGCCACCGGAGGACAAUGGACCAAAGAUGAUCGGUGAAGGACUUGUUAUAGAUGAAUGGAAGGAGAGACGAGAGAGAUACCUGGCUAAACAACAGGUUGGAGGGGUGGACUCUGCAUAAAGAAGAAAGUCCAUUUUUUUUUUCCGGAGAAGAAUAUUGCAGAGAACGUGAAGUAGUAGCAUUUGAUCCCGCCAAGCAUUGGGCACGUAUUUGUGGCAUCGACUAGGAUUGUACUAUAAAGUGAGAUAUGGCUAUUUAUCGUUGAGUGCUCGAGAGGCUGCUGGUAGGGUGAGGAAGCUGCUCUUGCCAAGCUGACUUGUGGUUCACCUACUGUAGAUAAAAUUGAGUUUUGUACUAAGGUGUUGUGAUAAUUGGGUGUAAGAAUGUUGUCCAACCUUAUAUUUCUCAUCUCUUAUUGUAAAGAUGUUUUAAAGCUAGCUAGCAAGCUUGCUUGAUUCACUUUGUGGUUUCACCUUACUCUUCCAAUCUAGAUCUAAAUUCCUUGUUUGUAGAUCGAAACAAAUAACCAAUCAGGGGGAAUUUGUAAUGCAGUCGAUUACUAUUGUGGAUA